AUGAUUCACAAGAUUUCUCAUACCUCCGAUUACCCAUCUCCUCGCAUCACGAUUGCCGGGUGCGGGGUCUUGGGAAAAGGUAUUGCCACCGGUCUUCUGGCCUCGCCGUUGAACCUGGACCCCAGCAAGAUCAGUCUGACGGUCCGACGGGAGCAACACGCGCGCUGUCUGCGCGAGGAAUUCCCCGGCCUUGCAGUUACGCUCGACCACGGGGAUCCAGUCCUCUGGCCGGCGGAGGCGACCGAUGAUGACGAGGCUGGCCAUUUCUUCUUCAUCGUCACGAAGCCGCAGCAUGUCCAGCUGGUCUGUGCCGAUAUCUCCCCCCACAUUCAAGCCAGUCGCACCCCGCCUGUCGUGAUCACCCUCUGUCCAGGCAUCACCAUCGCGCAAUUGCAGGACUGGCUCCCCACGGGCACGCCCAUCGUCCGGUCGAUGCCCAACACCCCGGUGAUGGUUUGCCAGGGGGCGACCGGACUCUUCCCCUCGCCCCUGGUCAGUCCCGGCCAGCUGAGUAUUCUCACCCGGAUGUUCGAAGCCAUCUCGCCGAGCGUCGUCACGCUGGCCCACGAGGAUCAGUUGAAUGUGGUGGCUGCCAUUUCCGGGUCCGCUCCCGCCUACUUCUACCGUCUGAUGGACCAUAUGGUCGCGACGGGCAUCUCCCUCGGACUUCCCGAGUCUCUCGCCCGAGAUCUAAUCACCCAGUCAUGCAUUGGCUCCGGCGCCUUCGCGCGCGAGAUCCCCAGCGUCUCCCUGGCGCAGUUGAGGAAUGAUGUCUGUGUUCCCGGGGGGAGUACGGAGAAGGCGAUGAACGUCCUCGAUGCCCACGGGUGGCAGCGAGGGGUGAAGGAAGCGAUCACCGCCAGUCUCACUGCCAAUCGCUCGAUGGGGCAGGGAACCACAGGAAGAUCGCGAUAG